CUAUAACUGGAACUGAUCACCCUUCCUGACUCACUACCCCUUGUCAACACAAAUAAACCUAAUAUCGACUUGCACCUUUGCUGUCUCAUCUUUGACCCAAAUAGGGCCCUUUAGGUACUAGGAUAGCUGUCUGAGUCACACAGCUUGUCUCUUUCCCUGAACAGCCCAGGAGUAAUUUUGUUUCACCAUUUUCUCUAAUUUAUUGGAAUUUAGUGCAACUGGUCGUGGAACAUGCUAUGCUUCCUUGUGGUUUUACAUUCUAAGUGGGGACACUAAGACUAGCUUGUGUUGAGAGGCGGAGUCUUGGGCAAUUGCCGGCAAUCUUAAGAGGCAUUGCACUUGUCUCGGUCUGACAGCACUGGCAGAGCGCUACCACUGGAGUCGAUCACAUGGGGGUAACAUGGGAGGUGACAUACAGAAAACAGGCAGGGCAAGGAUGUCAACCAUAUUUCUGUGGAGGAUAGUAAGAUCACAUGGCAAACAGUACAUGAGAGGUAUUUGAAAUGUGACAUGAUGUGAAUGUUUUAGAUGCACAAGUCAGAAAUAAAGUGUUUGUUUGGACCCUAUCUAUCUUGCAUUGAGACUCUGUUUUGUUGUAGAAUAGCAAAGAAUGAAGUGAACUCUACUGUAGCUUGAAGGUAUUUUGUAAUCAUGCAAUACUAAUAAUACAGCUUUGUGUUGAGUAGUAAAUCAAAAAUACUUGUUAUUUAGUUGACAACAAAUCAAAUUUUCGCAAUGACAAUCUAUCCCCUCGGCCUUGUGGAGGAUAGCAGUCUCUCUUAGCUACAACAUCCCAACUUGUGGCAAAGGCCAGUGACGAAUAACAUAUUUUGAACAUCAUGCCAUAUAGAUUUUUAUACUGUAUCAAUCAAAUGUCUUUUAUAAAGCCCUUUUUACAUCAGCAGUUGUCACAAACUUAUUUAUAGAUACCCAGCCUAAAACCCCAAAUACGUUUGAACAUUGUGUUUUAUCCCUAAUGUGGAGCAUUGGAGGUGUCAUGCAUGGCUGGGAAAGAAUACCUUUAGCAGUAUUAUGACGUAGUGCUCCUAAAGGAUAUAAUAUGACAUUUCCACUGUCUGCCAUAUAAUGGUAGUCAUGUAGUAUGUUGUCAUACCGUGUGCCCCAAAACACAACUGCUAAUUUUCCUUGGAAUCUAUGUCUUUGAAGGGGGUGAGGAUAGACUGGUCAGGACAGGCUGGCCAUGAAAGUGGUUUAUAAUCUUCUGCUGUAUCACUACAGGAUAUUCUUUGAUUAUUAUGGUGAGUGUGUGUCUCUCAGGGUCUCCCCACUGUUUUAGCGCAUUUCUCAGAUUCCUGCCCUGUCCCCCUCACACCUGUUUAAACGCCCCUCUGCCUCCUUAAAAGUGUGGCUCGAGCCCAUUCAGGGAGCCUCUGAUUCUGCCUAUGCCACGACUACAGCCCAGAUGAAGGCCCCUACAGCCAGAUUGCCACUCCUCAGUUCCCCUUUUCCAUUGAUGUUAAAACAUUUUUUUACAAAUAAUUUCUGUAGGUGUACAAAUAGGCCUAAUGUUCCCCCUUAGGUGUUUUUAGAUAGUGACUGUUCUCAAAGUGAAGAAUUGAAGGAUGUGGCCCCUUGCCACAUAGCCUGUCAGGUUCAUGGAGGGUAGUGAUUAUCUGUGCUUUCUCAAUGCCCGGCAGAGAACAUGAUGACAAGGUACUGGUAUUUGCCUUAAAGAUCGCAGAGGUACAAUGUAUUUGUCUCUCUUAGUGUGACAGUUAAGUAACGCAAUAUGAGCUCUGACAGCAAUUUAGCAGAAGCUUGUGUGUAGCAUUCUAUACUAAUCUAUCUCAUACAUACUAUUUGAGUUGGCAGUGUCCUAGAGCCCUAGAAUUUGAAUGUGCAAACUGCUAAUGAUGACCUAUAAGGUUGUUCUGUGGUUAUGCUCGGUGUACUUUUAGUGAUGUAGGCCUGCCUCCAACACAAAAGUGUUGUCAUUUGUUAGUAACCUGUGACAAGGCAGUAAAGACUUCUUUUGAUAUCCUUUUUAAGCAUUAUUUACUUGAAACAGAAGUCAACCCUACACCCCCAACCUAAUUAUUGUCUUGCCAAGUAACAGAAGUUUAAACGGAAAACCCCAGCUGUUUUGAGAGAUGGGGUUAAUUUUGCUGUUCAAGCAGGUUUUGUCAAGAAAAUGUCUGUUUUGCUAAUAUUACCCCCUUGGAGUCCAACAUAUGUCUGAACAGAGGUUAACUUGAAAAGGGGUUGAAAAGUUUCAAGUAUUCUGUACUGGGACAUUUUAGAACUCAUUUGGCAUACGUGUGUCAGUUGAUGAUGAUGAUCAUCAUGCAAUACUAUAUUGGUAUACAUAUGACAUGAAGAGAGAGCCUACAAUGUAUCUCGUCUGAAGAGUAUUUCUAGCAGGACCAAAUGCAGCUGUAGUGAGGCCAAAACAUCAAGGGACCCUACCGCCCCAUGCACACUUUCUGCCCUCAGCGGGUGCCUGGCUGUCACGAUUUUACGAGUUGUAAGCCUAUUUCAUUUGAAGUUUCCAUUUGAUCGUUAAUUCCCUCGGGUACACACUUAUUUUAGUGCUUAAUGAGCGCUUUAACCAUGUCCACGUCUCAAGAAGAAACGGAUGGUAGAGGUGCAAGGGGUGGAGUUACUUGGGGUCAAUAGCCAAUGGAAAGCACCCAAAUUAUGAGUGGCAUUGAGUUCAGUAUUUAUGAACUGUAAAGUUGUCUCAAACUGACACUGGACUGUGAAGAGAUACGAGUACAGGCGAGUAAGAAAAUUAUUUGAAAAUUAUCUGCUUCAUAUAAUAUGUGCUUUGAUCAUUAGGCUGGUCAAGAAGCCUGACUAGGUUCAUUCAAUUAAUAUAUUUAUCAUUAUUGUAUAAGGGGAAGUUUGAUUGCAUGCAUCAAUGAUUGAUUGUGGGUCUAAAACAGGAUUUCUUUAAAUUAGUUAAUUGAUGCUGUGGACAUAAGCUGGAGCACCAGAGCCUUUGCCGGAGUGAAGUGGGAAGAUCUUUAUAUUCUAUAUAAAAUGUCACUGCUGCUCAGUCAAGGCGUAACUUGUCAGUUUAGGGUCAUGUGUAAUGUAAUUAAUCUUUUAUAAGGUGGACUGGUGAUUUAAUUGAUUCAUGUGGUAAAUUGAAAGCUUUCUGUGUAGUCUGAUAAAAAUGAAAGGAUAUUUUGAUGUAGGUAGUUUCAAAUGUGAAAGAAACUAGUCCGUUUAUCAUCCAAUGUGCCAAUACAGCUACUAAGUGAACAGCAAGUGUCUGUGUGUUCUAUGAUCAAGGCAGAAGAAAAUAGAAUUCAUACUGUAUUUUACACCAGUCAAGUGUCUGUGUGCUCUAUGAUCAAGGCAGAAGAAAAUAGAAUUCAUACUGUAUUUUACACCAGUCAAGUGUCUGUGUGCUCUAUGAUCAAGGCAGAAGAAAAUAGAAUUCAUACUGUAUUUUACACCAGUCAAGUGUCUGUGUGUUUUCCAGGUGGCAAAGAUGAUUUCUCAGGUUCUCCUGACGGGGACACUAUGUUGUCUACUCCCAGGUUUGCUGGAUGCUACACCUCUGAAGGCUAGAGCUGUGAGGGAGGUCAGCAUCGACUCUGCCCAAGCUCAUGGCUUCCUGUCUCAGUCACGGCCCAAACGGAACGUCGAUCCCAAGUGGCACCGCGGCACGCCUGAUUUCCAGUCCUACUACAAAUUCUACAACAGCAUCGGCCAUAUUGAAGGACUGUACGAGAUUGACAGGAUCAGGAUGCUCUAUCAGCAGAUGCGUCACCUGGAGCAGGUCUAUGGGCCAGACGCCUCAAGCUACCAGAAUGCCCUGGGUGUGAUAACCCCACCACCCACCACCGCAGCUCCUACUACCACCACACUGCCUGCUACCACUCAGCCCCCUCCUACUACCCCAGCACCACUUUCUUUUACUAAGAUUGACAUCCUGUAUCUGUGUAACCACAAAGACCCCCUCUGUAAAGCUCACAUCGUCUACCUGCCUGCAGGGGCCAUCCCGGUCCUCUGUGACCCACGCUACAACCCUGCCUGCAAACCCCAAACUGGUAAGGUGGUCAUUGCUGCUGUACCUAUGGAGCCAGCUCCUGCAGCACCUCUGGAGCCAGCUGUUGAAACACCACCUCCACCUCCACGAUCUCCUAAGAAGUCUCUCCAACCUCCUCGUCCUCCUCCCAUCGUCAUUAAAGGGAUGGAGUAUGACUGUGACCCUUACUGGGACCCUGACUGCCUGAUCGAUCACCCACCUCGCCCUGUCAAGGCGACUGAGCCACUACCACCACUCCAUACUCUCCCCAUUGCUGUGGAAAAGAAGGUGAAGGAAGAAGUUGCUCCUGGGGAGACCAAAACACCUUUUGACCCACGUGAUUUCCGGCGUGACCUCUUUGACCCUUACCGCUAUUCUGACCAAGCCCCUGACCCCCAGUAGACGAUUAAAACAACAGAAAAUGGACUUACAAAUAAAAUGGUAGUGUUAGUUUAUAACAGAAGGUCAGUAAACAAAUACAGGUAGGACUGUGAACAAAACCAUAAAAUGUUUUUUUUUUACACAAUUUCCCCCCAAGUAUGACACUUUUUCACUUCCAUCAGAGAAUAUGGUUUCAGUUUGAGACAAGCCUGAUAAAAUCUUGUAUUCAA